CCCACCUCUUCAUUCCGCACGCCGUCUAUCACAUAUGCCACAUUGACAACUUCGCAACUGAAAGAAAGCUGUAAAUUCGCAUUUUCAAUAUGACUACAGCACAUCGCCCUACAUUCGACCCGGCCCAGGGUAAAGAGGCUCUCCGGGGUCCAGCCUAUCACCAACGCCUUCUCCCAGCUUAUAUGCACCUUAAAGUCCGCCAACCAGGCCAAGGCGGCGAUGCAGAUCAACCACGGGAUAUGAGAGCAGAGCUAUUGGCAGCUGAAGCCGCACAUUUUGCAAAGAAGAAUGGUGUCAGCGAAGAAUCCUCGGCGCAGCCUGUUUCCAACCGUAAGCGAGAUCUCGAAGAGAACGUGCAGGAGAAUCUGGACGAAGAAGACCUGGAAGCCAAACGGCGACGGAUUUUAGAAGAGACUCGCGAUAUAGAUGCGGAUUCUGUGGGGUCAGAUAGUGAGAGUAGCGAGGAAGAGAGUGAUGACGAAGAUGAAGCUGCAGAGCUAAUGCGAGAACUCGAGAAGAUCAAAAAGGAGAGGCAGGAACAAAAAGAAAAAGAGGAGCUCGAGCGACAAGCCCAAGAGCAAGAACAGCGGGAAUUCGAUAUUGCACGCGGCAACCCGCUGUUGAACCCACAAGAUUUCAACAUGAAACGGCGAUGGGAUGAUGAUGUCGUCUUCAAGAACCAAGCUCGUGGUACUGAAACCAAAAAGGGCCCAGAAUUCGUCAACGAUCUCCUGCGUUCUGACUUCCACAAACGAUUUAUGGACCCAUUUCAAAUCCAUGUAAACAUGGAUUCACAAGCUACAAGCAAAGCUCUACACAACCGCAUUAAUACGAAUGUCACGCAACUCCUCCAGCGUUUCGAAAACAUCAUUGCCCCUGCAAGGGUUGACACCCCUGAUAACACAUACACUGCUGUCGGCACGUAUAACCUCAACGUCGAGGCUGCGGCUCUUACCCGCGCGGCGGAAGACAUCCUCUCACUCACACGCUUCAUGAAAGAAGUAUGGUUAUUCGAGAAACUCCACACCGUCGGCGAAGAUGAACAUGACCUGAAAAGGAACAAAGAGCUUGAAGAAAACGCCCAUGCGGUUCAAGAGGCGAUCCAAGAGGCGCUUAUGAAUGGGUCAAACGUGAAUACGAAAUAAUGGUUCUGAUUGAUGGGUUUGGUUGGUAUUUGGAUUAAUGUUAGUGAUAUACAUAGCGGGGGAAGGCGUUUGGGUGUCUGUGUAUGGGUACAUCGGCGUUAUGAUGGAUGGAUAGAUUGAGUGUGAUGUGUGAUCAAAUAUACUAUUGAGCAUGAAUGCGAUUUGUAGAUGCUCUACUUUUGAA